AUGAGUGGAAAGAGGAGACAUUCGGACGACGAGGAGGCGGACGCACAGGAAGACCACGACAUUCCCGACUCACUGACGGCCACAGCGGUUCCCAAAGACCAGCUCUUGAGGCCGAAGCUGUUCAAGAGCUCCAAAAAUGACUCGAAACGACUGAUCAUUAUCUUAGAGAAAUGCAACCUCGAGAUCGUUAAGACACACAACGACUUCGAGCUCUUGAACUGCGAUCAACACAUGGGUCAGAUCCGCAAAUACAAGAAGGACCCGGCUUUCUACAAUUACGACAAGCUGUCGGGGGAGUUGUCUCGCCCAGAGGACGUCCACAUAGAGGUGUGGCUGGCGUUACAGGAGUAA